AUGGAGAAUCCCGCGCAGGCGCGCAACGAGGCUAGCGGUAACGGAUCCCACUCGGACAGCGAGUACGAUUACGAGGACCGCGAAGAGUGCGAACUGCAGCAAAUAGGUGGUGCGACCGCUGCCCCUCAUAUUCCUCAUCAUCAUAAUAAUAAUAAUAAUCAUGCUUCUCGUACUCGCACCCCCAAUCCCCCGCCGCCCGGACCCACCCCGUACGCGCUUUCCCUGGUGAGCGACAUACCUUCCGCGUUCGAGCUCUUCUUUACGCGCGCGAUCCGUGCGCUCGUCUUGGAGAUGACGAACCUGCAUGCCGAGCGCACGAGCUACGCUGCGCGCUUACGCGGCCUCCUCAUCCUCGCGGGCGUGUACAGGUCCCGGGGAGAGGCCGCGGCGAGCCUGUGGGACGCGGAGAGCGGACGCUCGAUAUUCCGAGCGACCAUGCCACUGAAAGCGUUCUACGCGUACUCUACGCUGCUGCGCUUCGACGACCGCGAGACGAGGGCGCAGAGGAGAUCCUCGGAUAAGCUCGCCGCGGUGAGAGAACUCUGGGACAGGUGGGCCGACAGGCUGCCCUACAUGUACAACCCCGGACCCGAUGUCACCGUGGACGAACAGCUGGUCCCCUUCAGAGGUCGCUGCCCCUUCAGACAAUACAUGCCCAGCAAACCGGCCAAAUACGGGAUCAAGUCUUGGGUUCUGUGCGAUGCCAAAUCCAGCUACGCGUGGAAGAUGCAGGUCUACCUGGGGAAAGAUAAUAAACCCUCGACCCGCGCGCGUCCCGAAAAAAACCAAGGCACGCGCGUGGUACUGGAUCUAACGGCCGACCUCCUCGGACCGCGCAACGUGACCUGCGACAACUUCUUCACGUCCUACGAGCUCGGCCAGCGGCUCCUAGACGCGAACCUGACCAUGCUCGGAACCGUUAGGAAGAACAGACCCGAGCUCCCUACCGCGCUCAUCUCCGCUAAAGGUAGAGCCGCAUUCUCAUCCGAGUUCGCGUUCGCUACCGGACCGGGACCGGGAGGAAACAGAACCACCACGCUGGUCUCGUACGUACCGAAGAAAAACAAGAACGUGCUGGUGAUGACUACGCUACCGUGCGAGCGCCCCGAUCGCAAACCCGAGCUGGUGCUCAAGUACAACGCGACCAAGGGAGGAGUCGACAACCUGGACAAGCUGGUGGCCACCUACAGUUGCAGGAGGAUGACCUCCCGCUGGCCCGUGGCCGUGUUCCACAACAUACUCGACGUGUCCGCGUACAACGCUUACGUGAUAUGGCGAGAAACGAACCCGGGCUGGCUGUCCGGGCAUCGCAACAAGCGCAGGUUCUUCCUCGAGCAGCUGGGUAAAGCGCUCGUGGCCCCUCUUAUAGAGAAAAGACGCGGGCUGCCCCGCUCCGAGGCCUCGCUCGCGCUGGUCCGAUGCGUGAGAACCGCUGCGAGCGCGAACGCGAACGCGAGCGGGGCUCGGUGCGAGUCUCGUCCGCAUUCUCGUGCUCAUCCUCAUCCACAACCGCCUUCGCGAGAGGACCCCUCUGAAACUGGGUCACGUGACAGAACCGAACCGCUCCAGCAGCAGCAGCAGCAGCAGCAGCAGCAGAAACCCCAAGCCAGCAAGAGGAAGCGGUGUCAGAUAUGCCCCGCUAAAAAAGACAGCAAAACCUUCACCACGUGCCGAGGCUGCAGCAAGUACGUGUGCAGGAGCUGCGCGCUUCCGUACUGCCCUUCGUGCGUGUGA